UGUAGUUCAGUGUUCCGGACUGGAACACCCUUGCCGCUCAGACUUGUGUCAAAGGUGCCUGUUUCAUUAACUUUAAGUGUAGCCCAACUUUGACUUUACUUUUGCUUAACAGUAAGAUGAGCCUACACUUUAAAGCUUUGAUUUUGACAUUUAGUGUUGUCCCUGUGUGUAGCUUAUGUUUAUGGGGGCUUUGGGUUGCAGGUUUGGUGAUUUUUCAGCGGAUGUUCAGUAUCUCUCUCCAUAACUUUUAUCUUCUGCAGAGACAAAUUCAUAUCGUCAUAAUGCUUACUCUCCUGGUUUUGGACGUACUAUCAAUAAUCAAACAACGCCCAGGCAGCACACCAAUCCCGGUGCAUGCGCAAUAGGCACGGCUGCUCGCAAGUGAAAGUAAAACGGUCGGGGUUUCCGAGAAGUCAGGUCGCUUAAUGUAAUAAUAUUUUGAGGUCUGCACUAUAUCCGAAGGCGUCCUGCCUAUAAUAUCCUAAACGGGGGUGGAGGUUUCGCUCUGACUGAGUGUUCUGCUGUGUUCUCCGUGUCGUUCGUUGCUCAGGCUGUAUCAAAGACGGUUUGCACCGAUCUGAACAUUCUUCGACGACUUGACAGCAAUAGUCUGAAUCUUCCGUCAGCAAGUUCUUCACCAAAAUUUUGUAGGUUGUCCUGCCAUCUUACAACCAGCCAUGUCUGGAGGUCCACCCCGCAUGCCAGCACCUGUGUGCUUGAUUGAGAAUGCAGAGGGGGGACUGCGGACGGUGGAAUCGGCUCUGGACAUCCUCAGGGGGAUCCAGCAGCCUGUGGUGGUUGUGGCUGUGGUGGGGUUGUACCGCACUGGCAAGUCUUACCUCAUGAAUCGGCUAGCUGGGCAACAGUCAGGCUUUGCUCUGGGCAGCACCAUUGAGUCUAAGACCAAAGGCAUCUGGAUGUGGUGUGUGCCUCACCCCUCUAAACCUGGACAUACGCUGUUGCUGCUAGACACUGAAGGACUGGGUGAUGUCGACAAGGGCGACUCGAAGAACGAUGCCUGGGUCUUCUGUCUGGGUGUGCUGCUCAGUAGCACCCUGGUGUACAACAGCAGAGGCACCAUCGACAACCAGGCUCUAGAGAAACUCCACUAUGUGACUGAGCUGACAGAUCACAUCAGAAUAAAGUCAGCAGAGGCCCCUGAUGAUGAUGAGGAGGAUGACGAUGAGGAGGACAGUAAGUUCAACCGCUACUUCCCCGGCUUCGUCUGGGCCGUUCGGGACUUCACUCUGGAGAGGAAGAUCGAUGGUCGUGAUGUGAGUGAGGACGAGUACCUGGACUUUGCCCUGCAGCUGAAAAAAGGUCUGUCUAAAAAAUUGGUGACCUACAACCUCCCGAGACAGUGCAUCCGGAACUUCUUCCCGACCCGGAAGUGCUUCACCUUCCCGUUCCCAACGUCGGCGAAGAACAUGACGAACCUGGACUCCAUGGCUGAGGCCGACCUUUGCCCAGACUUCCGGGAUGUUGCUGACCGCUUCUGCAGUCACGUCUUUGCAGAGAGCCGCGUGAAGACGGUACAGGGUGGCCACAAGGUCACCGGCAGCCGGUUCAGCCAUCUUGUGAAGAUCUACGUAGACACCAUCAACAGUGGCGCCGUUCCCUGUCUGGAGAAUGCUGUGGUUGCCAUGGCAGAGAUUGAAAACCAGUCGGCAGUGAAUGAGUGCUUCCGGCUUUAUGAGCAAGGCAUGGGGGACUUUAGUAAGGCCUUUCCCACGGAUCUCGGAACUGUCUCGACAGAACAUCUUCGCCUCGACGGCCUGGCAAUGCAGGAAUUCCAGAAACGUUCCUUCAAGGAUGAGGGGGGGAAAUACAUGACACAGCUGGCGGAGAAGGUGUCUCAGCUCUAUGAGAAGCUGAUCACUCUGAACAUGGAGGCCUCGGAGAAGCUGUGUCGGAAUCUUCUCUUGGAUCUGUAUGGACCGAUAGCUGGCAACAUUAAGCAGGGCACCUAUGCCAAGUCAGGCGGCUAUGAGAUCUACUGCCGUGACCGAGACGCCAUGGUGGCCAAGUACCGGCAACAGGACAAGAAGGGCAUGAAGGGGGAAGAGGUGUUGGAAGAGUUUCUCCAGGAGAAGAACGCUGAGGCCAACUCCAUCCUGAAGGCUGACGAGAGACUCACAGAGGCCGACAAGAAGAUGGCCGAGGCCCGUGAGCAGGCGAAGGUGCAGGAGCAGAAGGCCAAGGCCGAGGAGCAGCGGUCUCAGGACCUGCAGCGCGCCCUGGAGGACGAGCGUCGCAGCCAGGAGGAGCGCAUGAGGCGCCUGGAGGAGAAGAUGGAGGAGGAGAAGCGGCUCCAGCAGGAGGAGUUGGAUCGAGCCCUGGAGAGCAAACUGAAGGAGCAGAAGGAGAUGCUGGAGAAGGGCUUCAAGGGCCAGGCUGAGAUCAUGGGCCAGGAGAUUGAGCAACUCAAGAAGGAGAAGCAGCAGAAUCAAGAGGAUAAGCCAGGGUUCCUCGAGAAAGUUUUCAUACCUUUAGCUGAGAUCGGCAGUAACGUCCUCUCCACCGUCCUGCAGUUCAAAGGCAUGCGUAAAAUGUUUAAGUAAUGGGUGGCCUAGUGCCAAUGGAUGGAAAUCGAAGAUUGCUGAAGUUAAAGUUUUCCAUAAAUACCAUAAACUGUAAGAGCGCCAUUUAAGGUAUUUCUUUCCUCCGUUAUAUAUAUGUAAAGUUAGUUGUUUGUUGUCUAUACAAAGGUCAAAUGUAAUGGGUGCCAAUGCUGCCCAGUUCUGUUAUGAUAGGGAUCAUGGAAGUCAUCAUGCCUUUAGCCAAGAUCGGCCUGUAGUACAAAUGUAUGCAUCGCAUGUCUAAGUAAUGGGUGGCCUAGUGCCAAUGCUGCCCAGUCCUGCUAUGAUGCAGGGCAGGGCAGGGCCGGGCAGGGCAGGGCAGGGCAGGGCAGGGCAGGGCAGGGCAGGGCAGGGCAGGGCAGGGCAGGGCAGGGCCGGGCAGGGCAGGGCAGGCUUAUCUGCAGAGGAUCACUAUGGCAGCGGGGUCAGUAGAAUGGGUAGAAUGCCAGGAAUGCUUGGAAUGCCACAUGUGUUCUCAUUAGAAAGUGAUGCCAUUGGAUGUAGUGUAGCGUCUGAUUCAUACGUUGUCUUUCUAGUGUGCCUUGUUAUAAAACUGACGGUGAAAGUAAAGACAGUAAAGUAGUUGAUUUGCCAUAUUUUACUAUAUCAUUUUUGUUGUUCCAAAUAAAGCAGUUUGAUUGG